UUCAUUCGUUUCGACGAUCUCAUCAUCGACUGAGCUUAAAAAUGUCCGGAAGAGGAAAAGGCGGGAAGGGACUCGGUAAAGGAGGCGCCAAGCGUCACCGUAAAGUUCUCCGUGAUAACAUCCAGGGGAUCACCAAGCCCGCCAUCCGCCGUCUGGCUCGCCGCGGCGGAGUGAAGCGUAUCUCCGGUCUGAUCUACGAGGAGACCCGCGGUGUGCUCAAGGUGUUCCUGGAGAACGUGAUCCGUGACGCAGUCACGUACACCGAGCACGCCAAGAGGAAGACGGUGACCGCCAUGGAUGUGGUGUACGCUCUGAAGAGACAGGGCCGCACCCUGUACGGCUUCGGAGGCUGUUAUGACCUAUUACUACUGGAUGAUAGAAAAAACGCGAAGAUGUCUGGACGAGGAAAAACCGGCGGCAAGGCCAGAGCGAAGGCCAAGACCCGCUCUUCCCGUGCCGGGCUCCAGUUCCCCGUCGGCCGUGUCCACAGGCUCCUGAGGAAGGGGAACUACGCUCAGCGUGUCGGUGCCGGAGCUCCGGUGUACCUGGCGGCGGUGCUGGAGUACCUCACCGCUGAGAUCCUGGAGCUGGCUGGAAACGCUGCCCGCGACAACAAGAAGACCAGGAUCAUCCCCCGCCAUCUGCAGCUGGCUGUCCGCAACGACGAGGAGCUCAACAAGCUGCUGGGCGGAGUGACCAUCGCUCAGGGCGGCGUGCUGCCCAACAUCCAGGCCGUCCUGCUGCCCAAGAAGACCGAGAAGCCCGCCAAGAAAUCUCAUCAUCGACUGAACUCAAAAAUGUCUGGAAGAGGAAAAGGCGGGAAGGGACUCGGUAAAGGAGGCGCCAAGCGUCACCGUAAAGUUCUCCGUGAUAACAUCCAGGGGAUCACCAAGCCCGCCAUUCGCCGUCUGGCUCGCCGCGGCGGCGUGAAGCGUAUCUCCGGUCUGAUCUACGAGGAGACCCGCGGUGUGCUCAAGGUGUUCCUGGAGAACGUGAUCCGUGACGCAGUCACGUACACCGAGCACGCCAAGAGGAAGACGGUGACCGCCAUGGAUGUGGUGUACGCUCUGAAGAGACAGGGCCGCACCCUGUACGGCUUCGGAGGCUAAACCACAACCUGACAACAACAACAACACAACGGCUCUUUUAAGAGCCACA